AUGGCUCUUUUCAAGUUCGAUGAGGAGAUGUCAAACUUGACAAACAAUAUGUCUUGUGCGAUGAUAAUGGAUGACAUGGAUGAUGAGCACAAUGACCCUCUUAAUUACAGAAAAGGAAGUCUAGUAUACGGUGAUGGUACUUAUAAUGAUGUACCAUGGCAUAAGAACCUAAUGUCAAAUAAUCCAAGUGCAAUACCACCAUAUAAUGAAAUGAUCCCUCCGACUAGUGCGGUUUCGAACUCCAAUUCUCAUGUUCUUGACACUCCCGCAAUUUCAUUGCGCACAAGAAGGUCUUCUUUAUAUGACAAGAUUCCUAUUAAUACCCCUCCAUGUACUACAAGGCUUUCAUUGGCGGAAAGUGAAGUUGCAAGUGCUGGAGAUGCAUUAAGUCAUGACGGGAAAAGAGCAAGCUAUCGGUCACACCACUCUCCGAGGAAAUUAGAGGAUUUUAAGCCUGUAAGAGUGCUUGGUAAGGGUGCUUACGGUAAGGUGCUACUUGUUAAAGAUCGAACUACUAGCAAGUUAUACGCUAUGAAGCAGUUAAGAAAGGCGGAGAUUCUAAUUACUAAACAAGAUGACUCUGGAGUUGAUGCAGAAGGUCGAGUUACUUCAAAUUCGCUUGAAAAACGCUUGGAGCGUACCUUUGCCGAGCGUACUAUACUAUCGGAAUUAGAGCAUCCCAAUGUAGUCAAGCUAUUCUACUCAUUCCACGAUCAUCAUCGUCUGUACUUGGUACUACAGUAUAUCCCUGGUGGUGAACUCUUCUACCAUUUGAAGGAGCAAGGAACUUUGGAGGAAAACACAGUUGCGUUUUAUGCAGCUGAAAUUAGCUGCGCAUUGUUAUUUCUGCACGGCAAGGGUGUGGUUUAUAGGGAUUUAAAACCGGAGAAUUGCUUGUUAAAUGAGAGAGGCCACUUAGUAUUGACUGAUUUUGGACUUUCAAAAAAGAGCGUCCAUCAAUCUGACACUCCCAAUGAUGGAGAGCCAGUAGGGGAGUUAUAUUCUAUUAUAGGGACACCAGAGUACUGUGCUCCGGAAAUAUUGGAGGGCUUGCCAUACACUCAAAACUGUGAUUGGUAUUCGCUAGGGUGCCUUGCAUACGAUAUGUUACUAGGGAAGCCGCCAUUCAUAGGUGCAAAUCAUAAGGUAAUAUUAAACAAAAUCUCAAAAGAGAAAGGCGUUAAAUUGCCUAAUUAUUUAAGUGAGGGCAUGAAAGAUUAUUUAAGUGCAUUAUUGAAAAAGGAUACUGCUAAAAGAUGGGAUGUUGAUAGACUAUGGAAUACUGACGAUCCAAAGCCAAGAAAGAAGAAGGCUGGACAGGCGAAGAAGACCAGUUACCAAUCCCAUUUCAUAUUUCGCAAAAUCAACUGGAAGCUGAUGGAAAGCGGGGAAUUGCAUAAAACUACAUACGGACCAAUUGUUCCUGUUAUUACUGAUUGGGAAUUAGCUGAGAACUUUGACUCCGAAUUUACGGAAAUGAGGUUAGACAGCGAUGAUACACACGCAAACGGCAUAUCAAUUGAGGGUAAUAAUACAACACAUACAAUUAAUAACAAAAAUGACUUCUUCAAGGGGUUCAGUUUUGUAGCUAGUACUAGUUACUUAGAUAGGUAUUUUUAG